UUCACAUCUUAAUCAUUUGAUAAAACUUGGUUUCUAUUUAAAAAAUAUUUCCAGCUAGUUAAGAUUCAGACAUUUAGUCGAACGCACUUAAAAAUAACAAAAUAAAGUGAGAGUUUGAAAAAUUUUCUUAUCAGGAAUUCGGAAUUAUUUAUUAAAAUUGAUGAUGGAUGUCAGCUAUACAAAUACUCUCGUUUUCUUUGUAAACGGAAAAAAGGUUGUUGAUAACAAUGUAAACCCAGAAUUAUUGCUGAUUCAUUAUUUACGUGAAAAACUUUAUUUGUGCGGUACAAAAAUUGGAUGUGCAGAAGGCGGCUGUGGUGCUUGCACUGUGAUGAUUUCAAGAUAUGAUCGAUGUGCUGGAAUUGUUAAGCACUUUUCGGCUAAUGCAUGCUUGAUGCCGGUAUGUGCACUGCAUGGAAUGUCAGUGACAACCGUUGAAGGAAUUGGAAACACGAAGGAUCGUCUUCAUCCAGUUCAAGAAAGAAUUGCAAAAGCUCACGGAUCACAAUGUGGAUUUUGUACUCCUGGAUUUGUCAUGUCAAUGUAUGCAUUACUUAGAAAUACUCCAAAACCGGAUAUGAACGAACUUGAAGUUGCAUUUCAAGGAAAUUUGUGUCGCUGUACUGGAUAUCGUCCAAUCAUUGAAGGAUACAGAACAUUUACUAAGGAAUAUGCAUGUGGAAUGGGAGAUAAGUGCUGUAAAGUCUCAGGAAAUGGAUGCAAUGGGGAAGUCGAAGACAAACUUUUUGAACCAAGUCAAUUCGCACCUUACAAUCCAUCACAAGAACCAAUUUUUCCACCAGAAUUAAAACUCACUGAUCAAUAUGAUAAGGAAGUCUUGAAAUUCUCAAAUGAUCGUGGAGUUAUUUGGUAUCGUCCAACAGAAUUGCAGCAAUUGCUAGCAUUCAAAAAGGAACACAAAGAAGCAGCCAAAAUUGUUGUUGGAAAUACUGAAGUUGGUGUUGAAGUCAAGUUUAAACAUUUUGAUUACAAAUAUUUGGUAAAUCCAUCUCAAAUCAAUGGACUGAAUCAAAUCGAUGUCUUACGUGAUGGAAUUAAAAUUGGAUCGGCAGUCACUUUAUCAGACAUUCAAAUUUUUCUUCAGAAACAAAUCAAUGAACUUCCAGAAUCAGAAACCAGAAUAUAUAAAAGUAUUGUUGAGAUGCUUCACUGGUUUGCAGGCAUGCAAGUUCGAAAUGUAGCAUCAAUUGGUGGAAAUAUCAUGACUGGAUCACCAAUCUCUGAUCUUAUUCCAAUUUUGAUGGCUGCAAAUGCUAAAUUAGAAGUUGAGAGCCUUGAUGCAGGACGUAGGAAGAUUAAAAUAGAUGAAAACUUCUUUACAGGAUAUCGUAGAAACAUCAUCGAGAGCUCUGAAGUUCUCAUUUCCGUAUUCAUUCCGAAGACUUCAAAAGUACAACAUUUCUUAGCAUACAAACAAGCCAAACGUCGAGAUGAUGACAUUGCUAUUGUUAAUGCAGCUAUAAACAUAAAAUUCUUACCCAAUUCAAAUUAUAUCAAGGAAGCGAGAUUGGCAUUUGGAGGAAUGGCACCUACCACAGUGCUUGCGACAAAAACAGCAGAAAAGAUUAAGGAUGUUGUUUGGAGUCGUGAUCUUGUAGAAACUGUGAAUAAAAGUUUAUUGGAAGAAAUCCCUAUUUCAGCUGAUGCACCCGGCGGAGUUGUGUCUUAUCGUCAAUCACUUAUGUUGAGUUUGUUCUUCAAAGCAUUCCUCAAUAUCAGCAGUACAUUAGAAAAGUCAAUGGACCUGAAAAUUUUGGAAGAUCGUGAUAGAAGCGGAAUCGAAGGUUUCCAUACUUUGGAACCAAAAAGCUCUCAAUUGUUUGAGAAAGUAUCAACUGAUCAACCAAUAACUGAUCCAAUUUAUAGACCAAUAGCUCACGUUUCAGCUUUAAAGCAGGCAACAGGAGAAGCAAUUUAUGUUGAUGAUAUUCCACGACAUGAAAAUGAACUGUACCUUGCAACAGUAUUAAGUAAGAAAGCUCAUGCAAAAAUCAUUUCAAUUGAUGCAAGUGAAGCAUUAAAGCAGUCGGGAGUUCAUGCAUUUUACUGUGCAAAAGACAUUGAACCAUCAAAAAAUAAAAUCGGACAAAUUGCUCAAGACGAAGAACUAUUUGUUAGUGAAACUGUGACAAGUCAAGGACAAAUUUUGGGAGUGAUUGUCGGUGAUAAUCAAAGUAUCGCCCAAAGAGCAUCAAGAAUGGUCAAAGUUGAGUAUCAAGAACUUUCACCAGUAAUCGUAAGUCUUGAGGAUGCAAUAAAACAUGAAUCAUAUUUUCCCGGAUUCCCAAGAGAAAUUGUUGAUGGUGAUGUCGAUAAAGCAUUUGAAGCAGCUGAACAUAUUGUUGAAGGUGAGGUUCGUACUGGUGGUCAAGAACACUUCUACAUGGAAGCUAAUGUUGCUGUGGCGUAUCCAAAAGAUUUUGAUGAAAUGGAAGUCGUCGUAUCCACACAACAAGUUACAGAAAUUCAACAUUUUGUUGCCAAAUUGCUAGAUUUACCAUUGAAUAAGGUGGUUUGUAAAGUCAAGCGUAUUGGUGGUGGAUUUGGAGGCAAGGAAACGCGUACCGGAAUCAUCAGUAGACUAGUUGCACUUGCAGCUUAUCGUUUGAGACGUCCUGUAAGAAUCGCAUUUGAUCGUGAUGAAGAUAUGGUAAUUACAGGUGGACGAAAUCCUUAUUUAUUCAAAUACAAAGCUGGAUUCAUGAAUGAUGGCAAGAUUAUUGCACUUGAUGCUAAAGCAUACUCGAAUGCUGGCUAUUCAAUAGAUUAUUCAGGAUUAGUUUUGGAAAGAGCAUUGACUUGCAUACAGAGUGCUUAUAAAAUUCCCAAUAUAAGGUUUGAGGGAAGCUGCAUGAGAACUAAUACUCGAUCAAACACAGCAUUCAGAGGUUUUGGCGCGCCCCAAGCUAUGAUGGUUGGUGAGCAUAUUGUUCGUGAUGUUGCUAAAGUAUUAGACAAGGAUGUAAUAGAUAUCAUGGAUAUAAAUAUGUAUUCAGAAGGUGACAUAACACAUUUCAAGCAAAUACACACAGACAACAAUGUAAGGAGAUGUUUUGAGGAAGUACAAAAAUCUUCAGACUUUAAAGCACGUCGUGAAGCUGUUGAACAUUUCAAUCAACAAAAUCGCUGGAAGAAACGUGGAAUAUCCAUUGUAAAUGUCUCAUAUGUGAUUGGAUUCCCAAUGUUGUUUUUAAAUCAAGGUGCUGCUUUGGUUCACAUUUAUUUAGAUGGAUCUGUGCUAGUUACGCAUGGUGGAAUUGAAAUGGGACAAGGAUUAAUCACAAAAGCCCUUCAGGUGGCGUCAAGAGUAUUAAAAAUUCCAAUCGAUAGAAUUCAUACACAAGAGACAGCAACAGAUAAAGUUCCAAAUACAAUUCCAACUGUAGCAUCAGUCGGUGCUGAUUUACAAUGCCCUGCAGUUAUGAAUGCUUGUCAAGAACUUUAUGAUAGAUUAAAGAUAUUUAGAGAAAAAAAUCCAAAUGGAUCUUGGGAUGAUUGGGUUAAAGCUGCUUACUUUAAUCGAGUGUCUUUAUCAGCUACUGGUUUCUUUGGAACAUCUGAUGUUGGACCAGGAACUAAAAAUCCUUAUAAUUAUUUCUCUUAUGGAUCAGGUGUAUCAGAAGUUGAAAUUGAUUGCUUAACUGGUGACCAUCAAGUCAUAAGAACAGAUAUUGUUAUGGAUGUUGGAUCAUCAUUAAAUCCAGCAGUUGAUAUUGGACAAAUUGAAGGUGCAUUUAUGCAAGGAUAUGGAUUGUAUAUGCUUGAGGAACUAAUUUACUCACCAGAUGGAACUUUAUAUUCAAAAGGACCAGGAAUGUACAAAAUACCUAGCAUUGGUGAUAUUCCAGCAGAGUUUAAUGUCUCAUUGCUGACUGGUGCAGCAAACCCGAGAGCAAUUUAUUCUUCAAAAGCCAUUGGAGAGCCACCGUUGUUCUUGGCAUCCUCAAUCUUUUUCGCCAUAAAAGAAGCAAUUGGAGCUGCACGAAAAGACGAGAAUCUGUGUUCUCAUUUCUAUUUACAAUCACCAGCAACAUCUGCUCGCAUUCGCAUGGCAUGUCAGGAUGAUAUUACAAAAAAGCUUCCUGAAACUACGGACAAGUUACUUAAACCCUGGAACGUAGACUUGUAAGCAUUCGUCGUUUCUAUAUUGAAUUUUAUCUUUUAUGCAGUAAGUUUGUAUGUCGAUUGAUAAAGUGAAAUUGAUUUUUUAUUAUUGUGAUGAUUAUAAUUUUAAAAUACACGGUAUACGGCUGUAUGCCUCAAUUAAUUUGGGUGCGGGCUUUAAAUAAAUAUUUUACGCAAACC